UCCAAAUCAAACCCAUAAUCAAAUAAACUCUUUUUUUUGUUUUUUUUUUUUUUUCAUUUUUCCCUUAAUGUCCCUCCACCCCUUCAUCCUCCAGCUUUUGCUCUGUACACAACACAACAACAAUCAAAAACACUUUGUUUUUCGUUUAUUUUGAUUUUGUUUUCAACAAAUAAACGAGAAAAAUCUCCUACAUUGUUGUUGUUGUGUUCAUUGCAGGAAAUUCUUCACACGACUUUAGCUAGCUUUUUCUCCCCAUUCCCCCCCACCCCAAAGGUCAAGGAAUUUGAGCAUUUUUCCUUCAUUCUUUUGUCAUCUACCUUUUUUUUAAUUGAAUGAUCAACCACCCUUUGAUUUGGGAAUCCCUUGUUUGUUUUUCUGUGAUUAUACAUUUCCUGUUCACAUAUUCAUUCAGAGCGCUUGAUUUUCAAAAUCUUGUGUGCCAUUUUCUGUUUGAGUCCCUAUUAGGUUCUGCAAUCUGGGAAUCUGGAGGUGUAAAGGAUUGAAUUUUUAUGAAUUCUUAUUGCGUGGGAAAUAAGUCAAUAGACACAUAAUUGAUUUUGUUGGUGGAUUUUCCACUGGCAUGAUCGUCUUUGUUCUCAAUAAAGGGUACACAAUACAAGUUUUCACGGUAAAUGGCUACUUGAUCAAAGGAAUUAGAAGGGUGGGAGCUUCUGGGUUCCCAAGAAAAUACAAGUGUACCCAGUUGCUUAACUAUAAAAACUUUGACAAAAAGGUAGUGACUUAUUGAUUGAUUGAAGCAACACCCCUUUUGUAAGAAUAUGGGGUGCAUAUGCUCAAAAAACUCUUCAGACAAAGACAACGUUGAUGAAUAUGAGAAAGAGAAAGAAAAAGAAAAAGAGUCGAACAAGUCUUCAGUGCAACUGGUUGCUCCUGCUGUCUCAACUGCACAGUUAGAUGGUGGUAGCAUGGAUGGUUCGACGCCCCGAAUGGCUAAGUCAUCAUCACAAGUGACUAGAGGGUUUGUCAAAGUGCCAUCAGAUGAUAAAAGCAACCACUUUGAUGCCACAAGAAGCCAGCACCAGAGGUGCAACACCAUGAGUGGUGGUGUAGGUGAAAGAAAGCCACUGAUGAGUAGAAUCCUUAGCGUGCAAAAUUUUGCAGGAGAACAUGUUGAUGCUGACUGGCCAGUGUGGUUAUCUUUAGUGGCAGCAGAAGCCAUCAAAGGGUGGGUGCCUCGACGAGCAGACUCUUUUGAAAAAUUAGACCAAAUUGGACAAGGGGCCUAUAGCAGUGUGCAUAAAGCUCGUGACCUUGAGACCGGUAAAAUUGUGGCUUUGAAGAAGGUUCGCUUUUCAAGUACAGAACCAGAAAGUGUCCGAUUCAUGGCAAGGGAAAUCUAUAUAUUGCGUCAACUUGACCAUCCUAAUGUCAUGAAGCUUGAGGGUAUUGUCACGUCUAAAACGUCCACCAGUUUGUACCUUGUUUUUGAAUACAUGGAGCAUGACCUUGCUGGGCUAGCAACUAUUCAUGGCGUGAAGUUAACUGAACCAGAGAUAAAAUGUUAUAUGCAGCAGCUGCUUCGUGGGCUUGAACACUGCCACAGUCGGGGUGUGUUGCACCGUGACAUCAAGGGUUCAAAUCUUCUGAUUGACAACAAUGGAAAUCUUAAGAUUGCAGAUUUUGGUCUUUCAACAGUGUAUGAUCCUGAUAAAAAACAACCAUUGACUAGCCGUGUUGUGACUUUGUGGUAUAGGGCACCUGAGCUUUUGCUCGGUGCUACAGAUUAUGGAGCUGCAAUUGACAUGUGGAGUGUUGGUUGCAUUCUAGCCGAAUUGCUGGUGGGGAAGCCGAUCAUGCCUGGAAGAACAGAGGUGGAACAAAUGCACAAAAUUUUUAAACUUUGUGGUUCGCCAUCUGAAGACUAUUGGCAGAGAACAAAAUUACCCCAUGCAACAAGUUUUAAGCCACAACACCCUUACAAUCGCCAAGUUUCCGAAACAUUUAAUAAAAACUUUUCUCCCACGGCAUUGGCUCUUGUUGAUACGCUACUUACAAUAGAACCAGAAGGUCGAGGAUCAGCAACUUCCGCACUUGAGAGUGAGUUCUUCACGACAAACCCUUUACCUUGUAAUCCCUCAAGUUUACCCAAGUUUUCACCAAGCAAGGAUUUUGAUUCCAAGCGUCGAGAAAAGGAAGCUACAAGGAAAAAUGUGGAAUCUGUUAAAGGAUGUGGACCAGCAUCUGUUUUUAGGGAAGCAGCAGAUACCAAAGUACUGGGUUCACCAGAUUAUAUCGCUCGGGGAAAUAUUUCUAUGCGGGGCAAGUCAAAUACUAGAAUGUCCCGUCUUAAAUAUCAAUCAGAAGAGGAUGGCGAGUCUAAAGACAAUGGUGAAGCAAGCAUGAUAAGUCUACACAAUAAGGGCUACACACAUUCUACUUCAAUGAUGCACAGCCGUAUGGCAGCAGGACCAACCUCAUUGAGGAAGAAUUCAGAAUUACAGACACAGAGCUCUCAUGUGAAUCAUGCAGCAGCAGAAUUAUCUACCUCUUCCGUUAAAAAGGAACCGGGCAUGUCUGUUCGUGAACCUGGGAUGGGUUAUAUGCCGAAGAAAAAUAGGAUCCACUGCUCUGGACCAUUGUGUGGCAACAUUGAUGACAUGCUUAAAGAGCAUGAGCGAUUAAUGCAAGAUGUUUUCCGUAGCGUCAAAAAAACCAAUCCGUGAAACCAUCAAGAUAUCUUUUUUACUCUGGGGACGUGAAAUUUUACUUUGGCAAUGUAAAAUGAACAGAGGAAAAGAAACUCAGUUUCUAAUGGCAAGAAGCCAAAUAUGUACCAUGGAUUGUUAACAUUCUUGAUUCUUGA